GCGCGGGCCCCGGCCAGUGCGCGGCGGGCUUGGGGUGCCGCGCGGUAGCGCACCCUCCUGCGCCCCGGCGGCCGGCUCGCUGCAGCGCUUUCCUUCGGUGCAGAACGAGCCCCAGGCACCCCGGCGGGCCGCACACUUCUCUUCCCCGGUGGAUGAGGUCGUCUGCAGAUCCAGGCUGGGCCUUAUGGGCCGCCCAGGUGGAGUGGGACUUCCCGGUCAUCCUCUGCUCCCGACGCUCAGCCUCCCCAGCCGCUGUCCACCACCCCCCUGCUGAGGGGCUGCAGAGUGCUGGAUCACUCAGGAUCUGCUGGAUCACUCAGGAACUGACCGAACCCAACUGCCCUGGUGCCCGGUGCAGAAAGGUCUGGUGUCGGGUGGUGGACCAGCUAUAGUGGCAAGAAGAUGAGCUAAGCAACUAACUCAAUUACGCGAUUGUGUGUAACGGCCCAAUGAGCACAGGAAUCUUCCCCGUGGGGACAGAAUAUAUUGGAUUUUCCAGUCAUAUUGGACCGUUAAACUAUUCCUCGGCACCCACUUUGGGACAUGCUACUAGAGUGCCGUUCUCCAUUUCAAGCCGCCUUUGCAGUCUUGAUAAAUGCGAACUGACAACUCGCAAGGUCAUGAGAGAAGAGAAAUCAUGACUGCCUGAAGCCUGGAAGCCCGCCCUUAAUUAAGGAAAAUCCUCCAUCAUUGUUUGAAAUGCUGAGAAAGUUGUUGCGAAGGAGACUUUUCUCUUAUCCCACUAAAUACUACUUCUUGCUUCUUGUUUUUUCCCUUGUCACCUUCUCUGUUUUAAGAAUUCAUCAGAAGCCCGAAUUUGUAAGUGUGGGGCAUUUGGAGCUGGUGGGGGAGAAUCCUAAUAGUAAUAUUAACUGCACCAAAGUUUUACAGGGUGAUGUAGAUGAAAUCCAAAAGGUACAGCUUGAAAUUCUAACCGUGAAAGUUAGGCAGCGCCCUCGAUGGACAACCAGUGACUAUAUAAACAUGACCAGAGAUUGUAACUCAUUCAUCAAGAGGCGCAAAUAUAUCGUUGAACCCCUUAGUAAGGAAGAGGCAGAGUUUCCCAUUGCCUAUUCCAUAGUGGUUCAUCACAAAAUCGAGAUGGUUGACAGGCUCCUGAGGGCCAUCUACAUGCCUCAGAAUUUGUACUGCAUUCACGUGGACAAAAAAUCCGAGGAGUCCUUUCUGGCCGCGGUGAUGGGCAUUGCCUCCUGCUUCAGUAAUGUCUUCGUGGCCAGUCAGCUGGAGAGUGUGGUAUAUGCCUCAUGGAGCCGGGUCCAGGCCGACCUCAACUGCAUGCAGGAUCUCUACCAGAUGAGUGCACACUGGAAGUACUUGAUAAAUCUUUGCGGUAUGGAUUUUCCUAUUAAAACCAACCUGGAAAUUGUCCGGAAGAUCAACUCGUUAAUGGGUGAAAACAACCUAGAGAGCGAGAGAAUGCCAUCCAAUAAAAAAGAAAGGUGGAAAAAGCAUUAUACAGUUGUUAAUGGGAAGCUGACCAACACGGGAACUGACAAAACGCACCCCCCUCUCGAAACACCUCUGUUUUCAGGCAGUGCCUAUUUUGUGGUCAGCAGGAAGUAUGUGGAGUACGUGCUGGAGAAUGAAAAAAUCCAGAAGUUUAUGGAGUGGGCAAAAGACACAUACAGUCCUGAUGAGUAUCUCUGGGCCACUAUCCAGAGGAUCCCCGAAGUCCCCGGCUCGCUGCCCUUAAGCCAGAAGUAUGACAUGUCUGACAUGCAUGCCAUCGCGAGGUUCGUCAAGUGGCAGUACUUUGAAGGUGAUGUUUCCAAGGGUGCCCCCUACCCGCCCUGCAGCGGGGUCCAUGUGCGCUCCGUGUGUGUUUUCGGAGCAGGUGACCUGAACUGGAUGCUACGCAAGCACCACUUGUUCGCCAACAAGUUUGACACCGACAAUGACCUCUUUGCCAUCCAGUGUCUGGAUGAGCAUCUGAGACAUAAAGCCCUGGAGACAUUGAAACAUUGACUCUUCGUUGUAGGCAACUUGAGAAGUAAGACACAUGUGUGAAGCGCACCCCCUCUGACUCUUCCAUCUUGCUAAUACACAUCAGAGAAACUAUAGGGGAUGCUCUUUGGGGGGUGGAGGGGACUCCUGCUGCGCCCGUCCUCCGAGCUAUGCGGCUUUGGAGCACAGUGGGUUCGAAAGGUUAUAGCAUCAAAUAUUGACCUAGACUUAGCGUGGGGCCAGGGGAGGCGGUGAGUGGCCCAGGUGGCUGGGGGAAGACACAGUACAAAAACCAGCCUGUUAAAGAGCUCAGGGACUUAACAAAAUGAUUUCGUCUGUGCCAAAAUUCCUUCGAGAGCUUUAAAUAUGACAGUUUUCUUGAUUUGAAUAAAUUUAUAGCAACAACCGAGUGUAAGGAUAUAGUUUAUCCUGCAGGAUUUGUUCGGUGAAAUAGAAAUUGGACUUUAAGUGAUCGUUGUGAAUACUUUAUUGCUAUAACGUUAUGCAGUGUAAUUGUAUAUCAGUAUGUGUCAUCUCAGGGAACUUGAAAAAGUGGGCUUGAUUGAUCGUGAAUCUGACUAAUUUUCCCUUCUAACAAUGGAUAGAUGUUUUUUAAAACAACAAAAAAAGUGGCGAUGUUUAGUUGAUUCUGUGAAUCAUCUUAGCUUAUUAGAAAAGAUAUCUUAGGUUAUUUAAAAAGUUAAGAUAUCUUUGUUGUUAUAAUGUCUACAGAGAAACACUCAAUUUUUCCAAAUAUUUUUCUCUACUUUUUCCCCCUGGUCUCCUCAGACCCUGUUAUCAAACUGUACUGUAUAAAAACUUGUGUUCAAGGGCGCCUGGGUGGCUUAGUCGGUUGAGCAUCCGACUUCGGCUCUGGUCAUGGUCUCAUAGUUC